ACAACACACAACAGUCGCGCGUAGACCGCCGUAGGAGCAACGCUAGCACGGCGUUUAAUUUUUAAAUAAAACGUUUAUUUUGUUUAUUAAAUUUUUGGACUUUUAGUCUUGUGAGAGAGUGCAAGAGAAAAGUUUUGGUUAAUUUUAUAAAUAGUUUGUGCAAUUAUUAAAGCUUAUAUUAGGACUUACAUCCUUCAAACUGUCGCAAUCGAUCCCCCGCAUUACAGAAAUGUCGCUAGAAGAGUCCAGGCGGUCACAGAGGCCUUAUCGGUAUGGAAUGGUCUUGCUGUGCGUCGGUGCGCUUAUCAACUGGUUAGGACUCGCUGAAAAUUAUGUCGAGCCGGUCAGAUAUGUCGGGGUGGCUUGUAUUGUCGCUGGCGCGCUUUUAAUUUGUGCCGCCAUGUGUUGUUGGCUUCACGCGCCACCUGUCAGAACUAAUGUGGGCACGCAUGGCUCUAAUCAUCCUAACACUAUCCAAAUUGAUGAUCCAAUUCAUGUAAUAAGUGUUGAAGAACCAGCAAGUGUCGCUCGACAAAAACCUCCAGAUUAUGAUGCCGUAGCAGAUGCACCGCCUAGUUAUGAUGACGCUAUUAAACUUAAUCCAGGACAAUUAACAACUCGCGCUAGUAUCAGCGGGAUUUCGCCGAUUUUGCCGGGUAUGAUUACAAUGUCGAAUAAUAGCUCCGCGACAAGUGGAAUUUCCAAUGACCAACCGACUACUCCUACACCACCACCUGCGUACGCUAGGUGAGACUACAUGAUCGGUCAUCAACGACCAAGACAAAGUCUACCCACAUCAUUAAACCAAUCAGCACGCGCUGAGGUCCACGGACGCACCCGAGCUGGCCAAGUGAGCGUCCACAAGCCGUGCGACACCCCGGCGACGUCCUCUUUCGUAGGAAUGCGCCAUCACCGUCGCUACGACGUCAGACCUGUAACGACGAACGCAUCCGCCAGAAGACUGCGCGCCCAAAGUGUUCAUGUUCUCUACGCGCACGUGCCAUUUCAUUUCGAUCACAAUGAUCACUGAUCAUCAAUUUAAGAGAGAAAAUUAAUUUAUAUAAUUUAUAGUUUUUUUUAAAUUUUAAUUUAAUCUUCUAUCCCUAAGAUUUAUUUAAACACAAAGAGAAUUAUGACCAAAAUAAUUAUUAAGUGUUGAUUAGUGAGAUUUACGUCGGUUUGUAAAUACAUUCCAGCUGGAAAAUUAACUUGUUGAUUCAAGAAAAAUGUAUUAUCAUGCUU